CUAUUGACAGCAAUGGCGGAAGUACUACUUCUGGCGGGGAUAGGAGUAUUAGUGUUUUGUUUGUUUUUGACACUGUUUGUCCUGGUGAUUUACUCUGGGCUAUUUGAACAUGUGAAUGUUGGGACCGGUAAGCCACCUAUAGGAGAGGUAACAAUUGCUUACAAGUUUGCGCGAGGACCCUACAAAGAAGCAGGUCAGCUGUGCAGUGACAUCAGUCUUCUGGCUCCGAGCGACCAUCGGGUUGUCUGUAUCUACUACGAUGACCCCAAACUGGUCCCUUCCGACAAAUUGCGUUAUGCUGUUGGAGGAGUUUUAUCCGAGGAUGGUAAACCAGAAGAUGAAGACUUCAAAAAGAAGUUAUUGGACGACGGGUAUAAGGUGUUCAGACUGCCAAGUGUUUCCUUCGCCGUGAGCACCUCCUUCCCCUACAAAAGUACACUGUCUAUAUUCGUGGCCAUCUUCAAAGUGUACCCUGCCCUGGGCUCCUAUAUAGAGGAACACCGUCUCUGUGCCCAUCCCAUGCUGGAGAUUUACGACAAAGACAAAAUCCACUUUAUGGCUCCCCUGGCCAAGCAGAGCGAGUUUUAUGUAGAGGAGGCCGAGGAAGAAACUGGACUAAAUCUGGAUGAUAUUGAGGACCUAGAUUCUGAAGGAGUUUCCCUUGAUGAGAGUAUGAUCGACAGCAGCGUCUCCCGCAGUGAGGCCUCUGCCACAACUUUCAUGGGGGAGGUGUCGGACGACGACGAGGAAACUGCUGAUGAAAAAAGUCCAAGGUCGUCAGUAAAAUCUGAAGCAAGGGAGACAAUUCAAAAAAAUGAAAAUCAAGACUUGCUAGAUUCUGGGUUUAGCUCAGAACAAGUAACAAGUCCAGAAAUUAGCCCUGAGAAGAGCAAGGCUGCCGGUGAAAAUUCUGGAGACAUUUCUGAUGGAAAUGAGUCUGGAUCGUCAUUUGAAGAAAUACAAAUGGACCCUAACCAGCAAUUUAUGUCUUCAGGAAGCCCAACAAAAUAAAUUUGGCAAAUUUGUGAAACUGUUAUGAUAAUUAAUGACUCAGAUUGUUGAAUGUGAUUAUAGGAUUACCUUAUUUAGAUGUAUUAAUGAUUCACAGAUCAAUGAACAAUCAUUCUGUCAUAUCUUGAUCAAGCCUAAUGAAGCUGAAGGUGGUCAAAUUUCUCUUUAGUCAUACCCCCAUCUUUUGGUCCAUAGUUGUAGAUGGUAGUAUAUAGAUCCGCCCAACUCUUCUGACACUGCUACAAUGUAUGCAUGUACGUGGUUUAAAAGUGUUAACAAUUAUUAUGAGCUUAAGCUAGAAAUAGAAGUAUGUAGAAACUUAAACUAGAAUUAUAUCAAUCAAUUCACCUAAGAAGUAUGAAGAAAUAUAUGACCGCAGCUACGGAGUCUGAAAAUGGUCUCAGUUUCCAUAGAGUCUGAACACAAUUCUAGUUUCCAUGGAAUCUGAACAUGAUUUCAGCUUCCAUGGAAUCUGAACACAAUUUCAGCUUCAAUGGAAUGUGAGAAUCAUUCUAUUUGCCAUGAUAUCUGGAAACAAUUUCAGUUUCUAUGAAGUUUGAACACAAUUCAAUUUUCCAUAGAAUUUGAACAUAAUUCCAGUUGCCAUAGAAUUUGAACAUAAUUCCAGUUUCCAUAGAAUCUGAACACAAUUCCAGUUUCUGUAGAAUCUGAACACAAUUCCAGAUUCCAUGGAAUCUGAAAAUGAUUCCGUUUUCCUUGGUACCUGGACACAAUUUCAUUUUCCAUAGAGUCUGAAUAUGCUGUUCUUUACCAUAUAGACUACAUACCUCUGAUAUUGUGAAAAUCAAACUCGCACCUUCUUCUGUUAAUUAUGAUUGUUAAUUACUACUUACACGUUAUUGUUAAGAUAGAUUAAGUUUGUAUAAAAUGUAUAUGACCUAAAAGUACCGGUAUUUCAUUUUUGCAAGGUAAUUAUGUGCUGUAUAUAAAAAUGAUUGAAGCUCGGCCAUUGUGAGUUGACUUCUAUAUAUCUGUCAAUGACUCCAGGAGUAAGGUUAGGUACUAAAUGUACUAGACACGAUGGAUGUCUUGUAUGAUAAUGUUGGAUUUUUCGAGCUAAAGUUAUGUACACAAAAUAAAUGUACGAGGUACCUACAGUAUGUAUUACCUAUAUAUGUUUUGUAUUGGACUUUGGAUAUACACUGUACGUACUGGUAUAUAGAAUAUAACUUGAAUAAGAUAACAUGUAUAUAUACAUUACAAUAUGUAUUGUUUUUCUGCUAUAUUUAAACAGACAUAUUUUUAAGUUCACUUUUGAUAAUUUUUCUUGGAAUAUCUUUUUCAAUUGCUAAUAUUUAUAAAAAUCUAUGCUUCUAUUUAAUUUCGUUUAAAAAAACCACCCCCUUUCAAACCUUUACGCAAAACAAAUAACUUUUUGUCAAUUUAUACAGCAACAUUCCAAGCACUUAUAUUAAAAUGCAGAUUUUAGGUUUGUGUAAGUGAAGUAUAUAUACUGUCUAAUUGUAAAAAGUCUGGGUAAUUUUCUUGAAACAGGCACUCGGUUCUAAUUGAUACAUCAAUUAUAUGAUCUGGUAGUAUAGCAGUUCCUGUAAUUAUAAAACUGAGCUGAACACCACAGAAUAAUUUUGGUUAUAUAUUCUUUGGCUAUGAAAUAAUUGUUAUUGUGAUCAUAAUCAAAUUAAUUAUUAUUUCUUUAAAUGAAAUAACAGUCUGUGAUAUCUCAUGAAAUAAAGGCUGCAUUUCUGUUCUUGAAUGAACAAAAUUAAAAUAUGUGUAUUUUCGUAGUAGAUAAUAUGUAAGUGUUUGUUUCUGGAUUACUUAGGUAAGACUUUACGUAAGCCCUGAAACAACAAGUGAUUUUCAAAAAAAGUUUGGGUAUAAAUAUAGUGAGAUUGGAAAGGAUAAAUAAUGAGUUGUACAUAUAAAUAAAACGUGUUCAGUUCUAUUCGUGUGAAGUGAAGCUCCAUUUUUACUUGCCAAGCCAGUGUUCAAUUGUUACAUACAAGUCUUUGUCAUAUCAUUAUCUAUAUUUCCACAUCAACUCUGCACAUCCCAUACCGAAUUACACACUGGUAAAGGGAAAAGCACCAGCAGGUAAUUCCAACUUAUUUAAUGCCAGUUAUGCCCACUAUUUGUUGCUAUUUUUUACUAUAGCCUGGGAGUUGGUGGACAACAGUUUGUGUAAGAAUAAUUGUUGGACCUUUUCCGUUUACCAAUGUGAUAAUAAUAGGUAUUUAAUAAUUGUAUACGAUUGUGUUUUGUAGAAUUGGAAAGCAUUUAACUUCUAUGUACAGUAGUUUCUAUAGAAGAACACUAGUUUUUGAAAAAUGUCAAAUUAUUUGUUACCCAUGAUAUAACAAUGGCUAUUUCAGAAAAUAUGUUUCGGAUUAAAAAGUGUUCCUUGUUGGUGUUGUGGUACCUGUACGCUGAAAUCUAUGCCAAAAUGAGGAACUGGUGUAGUUUGUUUGUUCUGGGGUUAAAUUGUGGUACCCCUGGUGCUUCAGUCUAUCAUAUCACCUCAUGUACUAAAUCUACUGUUAACUGUUAUACUGGGUAUCUGUGUAGUGGAACCAUAAUCGGUCAAUAUGACUGCUGGUAUUAAUGUACCGUUUCUGUUGUGGUAUCUUGUGCUGAAGUCACAUGACCUCGGGUACCCAAGUACCAGUUACCACCCCAUGUUAGUAUUUUUGUGCACCAGGAACGUUAACAUCAUUCAAGGCAUCAGAAACUUAGUUACAUCUGACGCUGAUGAGAAAUGUAGUCUCUUUGCAUCAUCUCUGGAAUAGCUUAAGUGGCAUAACUUAAAUUUAUGUUUUACUCCGUUGAGAAAUGUGGUCUCUUUGUGUCAUCUCUGGAAUAGCCCAAGGGGCAUAACUUAAUUUACAUCUUGCGCCGAAAAUUUGUGGUCUAGAUCUCUGUUGGUCAUAUCGGGAAUAGCCUAAGGGGCAUUAUAUAUGUUGGUGGUUAAGUUCUUCCUGGUGAAAGAAAAGCCAUUUAAAAGCAAUCUAUUAUGUAAUGCAUUUGUAUUUAUUCAUUGUAAUAAAUGUUGUGCUAUUUGGGAA